CCCGGCCCUCCUGUCCCGAGAGGGCAGGAACGGGCCAGAGGCCAAGGGCAGCCGGUCGGGCCGGCUCGGGGCGCGGGAGCCGGACGGGGAGGGAGGCCUGCGCUAGGAUGGAUUUCGGGUCGCUGGAGACGGUGGUGGCCAACUCUGCCUUCAUCGCUGCCCGGGGCAGCUUCGACGGGAGUAGUGCCCUGUCCUCCCGGGACAGGAAGUACCUGGCCAAGCUCAGGCUGCCCCCGCUGUCCCAGUGCGAGGCCCUUCGGGACAGCCUGGACCUGGGCUUCGAGAGCGUGUGCUCUGAGCAGCCCAUCGGCAAGCGGCUCUUCCAGCAGUUCCUGAGGGCCGAUGGGCGGCACGUGCCGGCCCUGGAGCUCUGGAGGGACAUUGAGGACUACGACACGGCCGAUGACGACCUCCGACCACAGAAGGCCCAGGCCAUCCGGGCCGACCACCUGGACCCCAGGGGCAAGCUCUUCUGCGGCUUCCUGGACGAGGGGACGGUGGCGCGGGCCAGGGAGGGGCCCUCGGGGCGUGAGGAGGGGCUCUUCCAGCCCCUCCUGCAGGCCACGCUGGCGCAUCUGAGCCAGGCGCCCUUCCGGGAGUACCUGGACAGCCUGUACUUCCUGCGCUUCCUGCAGUGGAAGUGGCUGGAGGCCCAGCCUGUGGGUGAGGACUGGUUCCUGGACUUCAGGGUCCUGGGCAGAGGCGGCUUUGGGGAGGUGUCCGCCUGCCAGAUGAAGGCCACUGGCAAGAUGUAUGCGUGCAAAAAGCUGAACAAGAAGCGGCUGAAGAAGAGGAAGGGGUACCAGGGUGCCAUGGUGGAGAAGAAGGUUCUGGCGAAGGUGCACAGCAGGUUCGUCGUGUCUCUGGCCUACGCCUUCGAAACGAAGACCGACCUCUGUCUGGUGAUGACCAUCAUGAAUGGAGGGGACCUAAGGUACCACAUCUACAAUGUGGACGAGGAGAACCCCGGCUUCCAGGAGCCACGCGCCGUCUUCUACGCGGCCCAGAUCAUCAGCGGCCUGGAGCACCUGCAUCAGCACAGCAUCGUCUACCGCGACCUCAAGCCUGAGAACGUGCUCCUGGAUGACGAUGGCAACAUCCGCAUUUCUGACCUGGGGCUGGCCGUGGAGCUGAAGGACGGGCAGACCAAGACCAAGGGCUACGCAGGGACCCCCGGGUUCAUGGCCCCGGAGCUCCUGCGGGGGGAGGAGUACGGCUUCGCGGUGGAUUACUUUGCCCUGGGGGUCACGCUGUAUGAGAUGAUCGCGGCCAGAGGUCCCUUCCGAGCCCGCGGAGAGAAGGUGGAGAACAAGGAGCUGAAGCAGAGGGUCCUUGAGGAGGCAGUCACCUACUCUGACAAGUUCAGCCAGGCCAGCAAGGACUUCUGCGAGGCGCUGCUGCAGAAGGACCCCGAGCAGCGCCUGGGCUUCAGAGACGGCACCUGUGACGGCCUCCGUGCCAGCCCCCUCUUCAGGGACAUGAACUGGCGGCAGCUGGAGGCCGGGAUGCUGGCCCCCCCCUUCAUCCCGGACUCCAGGACCGUGUAUGCAAAGAACAUCCAGGACGUGGGUGUCUUUUCCACCGUCAGAGGUGUGGUCUUUGACAAAGGAGACACAGAAUUCUUCCAGGAGUUUGCCACCGGCACGUGCCCCAUCCCCUGGCAGGAGGAGAUGAUCGAGACGGGCAUUUUCGGGGACCUGAACGUGUGGCGACCCGACGGGCAGAUGCCCGAUGACAUGAAGGGGGUCUCCGCGCCGGAGGCAGCGCCCUCGUCCAAGUCGGGGCUGUGCCUGGUCUCCUAGACCAGAGGAAAAGCGGCGCCACAGCCGCCU